GCCUGCGUUUGAGAAGGUGGACGUCCCGGGUGUGCUCAGCUCAGCAGUGGGAACACCCUCCCCCUGUCCCCGCCCCUGGCGCUGGAGUCCCCGGAAGGCCAAGGGCAGGCACUCAUUCAGCGCCCCUGGGCACUUGCUGCCAGUCUUGGUCUGUAAACUCAGCCCGUCUGGUGAAAGCACACUGUACCAGGACGGGACAUGGGCCCCAUUGCCUGGUGAGGAGGCCAGCCCCUUGCCCUGGGUCUGGUGAUUCCCCACUGAGGCCAUCAGAGGACGCCCGCGGGAGGCAGAGCUCUAGCCUCUGGGCUGGGUUGGGAGUGGACGUGGGCCCAGGCUGCCCCAUGGCUUCUUUCCCGCCACAGCUCAUUGCAGCGUCUGGCCCGGGCUGCAGGAGGUUGCCGCGAGCUACCAGCUGUGUGGGGCUGCGACCCCGCCCGCUCUGCGUUAGUUCCACAGAGCGAGCACCCCUCGUGCCUGCCAGUCACUGGCUGUCCUGUGAGCAAGUGUGGUCUGGGCAGAAGGGGUGGGGCCCACCCCGCAGCUCCUGCAGGGGCGCUGCGCCUCCGAAAGCCGCGGGCUGGGGCCUCCCUGCUGGCUCCUUGUGCCGCGUGGAGCCAGCUUGUGUUCUCACGUGUCUCUCCUCCUGCGUUGUCUGAAAUCAUUCUCUCUUAAUAAAUCAUAGUCUUUUGUGUUUUAGUUCGUAGGUGUGUUUUGUUUGACUUUUUAAAAUUACUUUUAAGUUCUUUUUAUUUUAUGCUCUAGGUUUUUGGGUUUUUCUAAUUUUUUAAUUUGUUUUGUUGUUUUUGUUUUGUUUUUUGUUUUUAUGUACUGUAUUUUCAGUGUUUUAACCAAACAGUUGUGGCUACUCGUGGGAGGCAUGGCCGCUGGGAUGUGGGUUCUUUGCAUUUGGAGGUCACUGCUGCACGUUGGUGUUAGAGGUUGGCAGGUUUCUUUAGGUAAGUGGUGGCCUGCAGGCGACAGACAGCUAGGGGAGCAGCGGGAGGUCUGGUUAUGUUGCAGAAUUCCCCACAGUGACUACCAGGUUCAGGAGGCGCACGGAAACAAAGUGUUCAAGUCACGGAUGGGGGGGAGUGUGGCUGUUGAGGAAGGUGGUCUGGAAAAUGUGUGCUUCCGUGAGGCGUGGGCUCAUGUGCCCGCCCCCUCAUCUUUGUGGAAGUCCCUGUGCAUCAGCCUCGGGCACCACCCUCCUCGGUGCUGGCAGGGAAGCCUCCCCAUGGCACGCCUAGGUGCUCUGUCACGUGGGUGGACAGAGUGCUCAGGGUCCUGUCGCAGAGGCACAUAGUGUGCCUGCUGCUGUGAAGAGGAACAGGUUUUUCCUUUACAAACUGGCCCUGAGCUGCAGAACCCAAACCCAAACCAAAAUGUUUGCAAGAAGCGCUUCUCACCACAGCUCACGGGCAACCCGGCGGAGUGUUGUUGGCUGCAGGGGCCGUCCUGUGCCCUGUGGGGUAUUGUGGGCACCCUGCCUCUACUGACCCCCAGCUCUGGCCACAAGUGUCUCUAGACAUCACCAAGUGUCCCCCAGGGACAUAGCCGCCGGGACAGGAGCCCCGCCUAGAGGAGGACAGGGACGUGAGGUUCCUGGUAUUGAGUCUUAGCCCAGGGAGAGGCAGCACCUGGCGGUGCCCAGGCUGCUCGGGAAAAGGCAGAUCCCAGAAAUCUCCCAACCAGCUGUGAUUCCUGGUCACCUGGAGGUGGCCACGGGCGCCUGGUCAGCUCUUCCUGGUUAAAGAUGCGGGUGGGUUGGUCCCGUAUCCAUCCAGCUUCACAGAGAGGGCAUCAGCUCCUGUCAUCAGCUCCUCCUGUAGGAAAGUUCUCCUGAAAGUGUGUCCUCUGGGGAAGCCCUAUGAUCCGGUGCCGACGGGAACUUGUACCCGGAGGGGCCUCUCAGCGCUGCCCCUCCUGCCACACACACAGGGAGCCUCAGCCCCUCCCGAGGCUGUGCCCCUUCUUGGCACCAGGCAAGAGGCUGUGGGAGAUGCAGGGCACCUGCUCGGGGGUGAGUCUGGGGUUACUGACGUUAGUUCACAGAAGAGCGCAGGCUGUUUAUGUUGAGGUCCCCUGAUACCUUCACCGGAAAGACAGUCGGAGAGGAAUGUUCGCUUCCUGCCCACACUUAUUCAAACAAUGUGUUCUCUCUCCAGGGAGAUUCUUAAGGUCGACAGUCGAUUGCAGUUUUUACUGAUCUGGUCUUUUUUUCACUUCUGGAACAUUUGGGGGAACGUCCCAUUCUGUGGAAGUCCAGUUUCAAUUUGUUUGCAUUUGCUGUCCGCAGGAUGAGAUGUCCGAGUCAGGCCAGUCCUCAGCAGCGGCCACGCCCAGCACCACGGGCACCAAGUCCAACACACCCACAUCGUCUGUGCCCUCGGCCGCGGUCACGCCCCUCAGCGAGGGCGUGCAGCCUCUGGGUGACUACAGUGGUGGUGGCUCCAAGAACAACAAGCGAGCGCGGGAGAAGCGCAACAGCCGCAACAUGGAGGUGCAGGUCACACAGGAGAUGCGCAACGUCAGCAUAGGCAUGGGCAGCAGUGACGAGUGGUCUGACGUUCAGGACAUUAUCGACUCCACCCCAGAGCUGGACAUGGGCCGGGAGCCCCGCCUGGACCGCACGGGCAGCAGCCCGACCCAGGGGAUCGUGAACAAGGCUUUUGGCAUCAACACCGACUCCCUGUACCAAGAGCUGUCGACCGCGGGGUCCGAGGUCAUCGGGGACGUGGACGAAGGAGCCGACCUGCUAGGGGAGUUCUCAGGGAUGGGCAAGGAGGUGGGGAAUCUGCUGCUGGAGAACUCACAGCUUCUAGAAACCAAAAACGCUCUGAACGUGGUGAAGAAUGACCUCAUCGCCAAGGUGGACCAGCUGUCGGGGGAGCAGGAGGUGCUAAAGGGGGACUUGGAAGCCGCUAGGCAGGCCAAACUCAGACUGGAGAACCGUAUUAAGGACCUGGAGGAGGAGCUCAGGAGAGUGAAAUCGGAGGCCAUCAUUGCCCACCAUGAACCCAAAGAAGAGGUGGAGGAUGUAAGCAGCUGUCUCUGUACAGAAUUGGACAAGAUCCCUAUGGCGCAGCGCCGCCGCUUCACGCGGGUGGAGAUGGCCCGCGUGCUCAUGGAGCGCAACCAGUACAAGGAGCGGCUGAUGGAGCUGCAGGAGGCCGUGCGAUGGACCGAGAUGAUCAGAGCAUCCCGAGAGCACCCAUCUGUCCAGGAGAAGAAGAAGUCCACCAUCUGGCAGUUCUUCAGCCGCCUCUUCAGCUCCUCCUCCAGCCCCCCUCCUGCCAAGCGGUCCUACCCCUCCGUGAACAUCCAUUACAAGUCGCCAACCACAGCCGGCUUCAGCCAGCGCCGCAGCCAUGCCAUGUGCCAGAUCUCCGCCGGCAGCCGGCCCCUGGAGUUCUUCCCGGAUGACGACUGCACGUCCUCUGCGCGACGGGAGCAGAAGCGCGAGCAGUACCGCCAGGUGCGCGAGCACGUGCGCAACGACGACGGGCGGCUGCAGGCCUGUGGCUGGAGCCUGCCGGCCAAGUACAAGCAGCUGAGUCCCAAUGGGGGCCAGGAGGAUACCCGGAUGAAGAACGUGCCUGUCCCCGUGUACUGCCGCCCUCUGGUGGAGAAGGAUCCAACCAUGAAGCUGUGGUGUGCCGCGGGUGUCAACCUGAGUGGAUGGAAACCGAGUGAGGACGACCCUGGGAACGGAGUUAAGCCUGCGCCGGGCCGCGACCCUCUGACCUGUGAUCGGGAAGUAGAAGGAGAGGCCAAGAGCAACCACGCGUCCCCGGAGAAGAAGAAGGCAAAGGAGCUCCCCGAGGCGGACACCACCUCCAGCCGAGUGUGGAUCCUCACCAGCACCCUGACCACCAGCAAGGUGGUGAUCAUCGACGCCAACCAGCCGGGUACCGUCGUGGACCAGUUCACCGUGUGCAACGCCCACGUGCUGUGCAUCUCCAGCAUCCCCGCGGCCAGUGAUGGCGACUACCCCCCGGGGGAGAUCUUCCUGGACAGCGACGUGAAUCCUGAGGACUCCAGUACAGACGGCGUGCUGGCCGGCAUCACCCUGGUGGGCUGUGCCACUCGCUGCAACGUGCCGCGCAGCACCUGCUCCUCCCGUGGGGACACCCCGGUGCUGGACAAGGGCCAGGGGGAGGUGGCUGCUGUUGCCAAUGGGAAGGUCAACCCGUCUCAGUCCACAGAGGAGGCCACGGAGGCCACGGAGGUGCCAGACUCUGGGCCCAGCGAGGCAGAGGCAGCCGCCGUGCGGCCUGGGCCCCUCACAGAGCAUGUCUUCACCGACCCGGCCCCCGCCCCAGCCCCCAGCUCCCAGCCUGACAGUGAGGACGGGCCGGAGGCUGACAUGAGCGGCGUGCAGCCCGAGCCAGAGCCCAGCGCGGACACCUCGGGGGCCAGCAGCAGUGCUGCGCCCACCAUGUGGCUGGGAGCCCAGAAUGGCUGGCUCUACGUGCACUCAGCCGUGGCCAACUGGAAGAAGUGUCUGCACUCCAUCAAGCUGAAGGACUCCGUGCUGAGCCUGGUGCACGUGAAAGGGCGCGUGCUGGUGGCUCUGGCUGACGGGACUCUGGCUAUCUUCCACCGAGGGGAAGACGGCCAGUGGGACCUGAGCAACUAUCACCUGAUGGACCUGGGCCACCCACACCACUCCAUCCGCUGCAUGGCUGUCGUGUACGACCGCGUCUGGUGUGGCUACAAGAACAAGGUGCACGUCAUCCAGCCCAAGACAAUGCAGAUAGAGAAGUCGUUCGACGCCCACCCACGGCGGGAGAGCCAGGUGCGGCAGCUGGCGUGGAUCGGUGAUGGGGUGUGGGUGUCCAUUCGCCUGGACUCCACGCUGCGGCUCUACCACGCCCACACCCACCAGCACCUGCAGGACGUGGAUAUCGAGCCCUACGUCAGCAAGAUGUUGGGAACAGGCAAGCUGGGCUUCUCCUUCGUGCGCAUCACCGCCCUGCUCAUCGCGGGCAACCGCCUCUGGGUGGGCACUGGCAACGGCGUCGUCAUCUCCAUCCCGCUGACUGAGACCGUCGUCCUGCACCGAGGCCAGCUCCUGGGGCUCCGAGCCAACAAGACGUCCCCCACGUCUGGGGAGGGAGCCCGCCCAGGAGGCAUCAUCCAUGUGUAUGGCGACGACAACAGUGACAGAUCAGCCAGCAGCUUCAUCCCCUACUGCUCCAUGGCCCAGGCUCAGCUCUGCUUCCAUGGGCACCGUGACGCCGUCAAAUUCUUUGUCUCUGUGCCAGGGAACGUGUUGGCCACCCUGAACGGCAGCGUGCUCGACAGCCCCUCCGAGAGCCCCGGGCCUGCAGCCCCCACCGCAGAUGCUGAGGCCCAGAAGCUGAAGAACGUGCUGGUGCUGAGCGGCGGGGAGGGCUACAUUGACUUCCGCAUCGGUGAGUGGGUGCUGCCCGGGCCCCAGGUUUCCCCAGGCAGGGGUGGCCCCUUCAUGGCAGCCGUGCUCUCUCCAGGCGACGGAGAAGAUGACGAGCCUGAGGAGGGUGCGGGGGACGUAAGCCAGGUGAAGCCCAUGCUGUCCAAGGCCGAGCGCAGCCACAUCAUCGUGUGGCAGGUGUCCUACACUCCCGAGUGAGGCUGCGGCCGCCGCCACCCCGCCCCGCUGAUGCCACCUGCCAUGUGUACAUACAGCCCUGCCCACCUGCCCACCGCCCGCCCAGGGGCAGCCCGCCUGCAGGCAGCCAGGCGCCUGUCCACCCCACGUCUAACCUCUCAACCUGCAGCUUUCACCUUUGGUCCAGGCCUCCCUGCGAGCUGGCAGAGAGCAGCGGGUCUGGCUGGGAGGGAGGGGAGUGGGGUGGUAUUCUGACCAGGGAGGGGCAGAGCCUCUCAGGAUACCCUUUCCCCAGCAGCUCCUGGCUGGCACUCAGCCCAAAGCCCUCAAGGCCUGAGAGCACUUCAGGGCCAGAGCGAGGCAGAACCCCACGGUGGGUUGGGUCAGGGAAGCCCCUACAGGUGGCUCCCGGCUCCACCCUGGGCUCCCCACUCCCAUCACUCACUCCCAGGAUCCCCCAGGGGGCGAGCGGGAACUUCACCCCGCCGAGUCUUCGCACCCUGAGUCCACUUGCCUUUGGCUGCUGCCCCCGGGAAUUGGGGUUCAACCCUCAGGGAGCCAGCCCUGGGCUCCCCUACCCCAUCCCUGCUGCCCCGGGAACUGGCAUGGAAGCACGUAACCAGGCUCCCUGGGGCAGCUGCUUGAGAAGACAGACAGAUGCCCUCAUCCUGCUCGAGCCCCGUGAUCGUCCUGUGUGGCGGGCUCUCACCAGCCCUCACUGACCCGUCUUCCCUCUCCCCGCUGGCUCUCCCUGGGCGAAGACCCACCUUGUAGGAGCAGGCCCCUCGAGUCCCACCCUUCCUGGAAGCCCCUAGGGUGGAAUUUCUCAGGCUGCCAGGGCAGGCCCAGGCCUCAGGAAGAAGGGGAGGCCCCUGGCCUCUCCUGGGGUCAGUCCUUGGAUACAGGCUCAGCCUCAGGGUGAUGGGGAAAGGUAUGCUCCAGGGCCUGCCUCCUAUGCAGUCUCCAGGGAGCCCAGUUCCCAAGACACGCUACUAAGUGCCUAGGGCUGGCGGUGUGGCCUGCUCCCUUGAGAGCGCCUGAUGAGAGGGCGCCGAGCAGAGGCCCAAGGGCUAAGGACUGGAGCCGCCUCUAGCCGGCUCUAGGCGUCUGUGCCCGCCUGCUUUGAGGGGCACUGCCCUGGACUGCCAAUUCCCCCACCUGCCCAGGCCUUAUUCCUGUUCCUUGAGGCACCCAUCAGGGCAGCCCCCAGCCCUGCUGCCCACCCACCUCCCACCAGAGAAGCACAGAUCUUGGGCAGCCAUCCCACAUGCCCAGCGGCCACCGCUGCAGCCACAGUCAGCUGCAGGCUUCUCCCCACCACCCUGCCACCCUCCACUGUGAUGUACGUCAAGUCCCUUGUCUGUCCUCACAGGGCCUGAAGCGACUGGGGGGUUAGCUGGGUGGGUGCAGCUGGGGGAAGGGGCUGGGUGACGAUUCUCCUCAGGCUUUGGCCCUGCAAGUGAACCUACAUAU